GGUCCGACAACUUCCAGAGGGAGAGAUGCUCAUCAUGAGCCAGAGAGAGAGAGAGAGAGACCACUCCGUGUUCAGUGUGUCGGUCGCAUACAACGGAUUCACACAGGCGCACAUUGAUUGAACUUUCUGCUACGUCAAACCGUGGUUUCUACACAGCCAUCAAGGAAGAGGACUAUGAGGGUGAAGCCCAGCUCCCUUAAAGGACGUAAAAACCAGCGCAGAUAGAGGAUUGGCGUUCUGUGCAAAUACCACAAUUCCACCAUGAGGACUUGUUUGCUGACCAUGAUAUGGGCGUGCUUGUCCCUUUAUGUGAACUCCACGUCUAUUAGCAGGAAGACUGUGUUAGAGAUGGGAGGAGAGGAGGACAGAGACGGAGCAAAGGGAGGGAAGCUACUGAAACGUUUCAAACGAGGAUGGAUGUGGAACCAGUUCUUUCUACAGGAAGAGUACACUGGGAGUGAUAAGCAGUACAUUGGCAAGCUUCAAUCUGACAUUGACAAGGGGGAUGGAACCCUGAAGUACAUUCUAACCGGGGACGGGGCUGGAGACAUAUUUACUAUUGAUGAAAACAAUGGUGACCUCCAUGCCAAUAAGAGACUGGACAGAGAGGAGAAGGCCUUCUAUACCCUCCGAGCCACCGUGGUCAACAAGAACACAGGCCUGAAACUGGAGCCUGAGACAGAGUUCAUCGUUAAACUUCACGAUAUCAAUGACAAUGAGCCUAAAUUCGCAAAGGAACUUUACACUGCCAGUGCACCUGAGAGGUCUAAUAUAGGUACUUCAGUCACCCAGGUAACAGCCACGGAUGCAGAUGACAGCAUGUACGGGAACAGCGCUAAACUACGAUACAGUAUCAGCCAGGGGCACCCAUACUUCUCUGUGGACCCAAACACAGGUAUCAUCAGGACAGCCCUGGGGCCUGGAGAGAUGGACCGGGAGAAGCGGGAGCACUACCAGGUGGUGAUUGAGGCCAAGGAUAUGGCGGGCCAAAGGGGAGGCUUAACUGGAACCACCACAGUCAAUAUCACCCUGACCGACGUCAACGACAACCCCCCACGCUUCUCUCAGAGUAUAUAUCAGUUCAGCGUUCCAGAGUCUAUAAAAACUGGAAUCCCAGUUGGGAGAAUCAACGCAGUAGAUAAAGACCUUGGGAAGAAUGCGGAGAUGUACUACAGUGUUGUCAGUGGGGAUGGCUUGGACAUGUUCGAUGUCAUCACGGACAAAGACUCACAGGAAGGCAUCAUUACUGUUCUAAAGCCAUUGGACUAUGAAAAGACCCGAUCCUACACACUGGAGAUCCAGGUACAGAACACUCAGACCUUGGACACUCGCUUCCUGGGGUACCUACCCACCAAGGACAUGGCCACAGUUAGGAUCGGCAUAGAAGAUGUGGAUGAGCCUCCUCUGUUUGAGAAAGCCAGCUACGUGAUGGAGGUGAAGGAGGAUGCAGCCAUGGGUACUGCAGUAGGGUCUGUCAGGGCUAUGGACCCGGAUGGAUACAACAGUCCAGUCAGGUACUCCAUUGAUCGUCGUACUGAUCUAGACAGGCUUUUCAACGUGCAUUCUGGGAAUGGGUCCAUAUUUAUCAUAAGACCUCUUGACCGAGAAGAAGCUGCCUGGCACAACAUUUCUGUUAUCGCAACAGAGUUCAACAAACCUCUGCAGACCAGUUGGGUGCCUGUUUAUGUCCGUCUUCUAGAUGUCAACGACAACGCACCCAAGUUCGCCUCUUUCUACGAGACAUUUGUUUGUGAAAAGACUAAGGCUGGGCAGAAGAUCCAGACGGUGAGUGCUGUGGAUGCAGAUGACCCGGUGGGUGGACACAAGUUCUUUUUCAGUCUGGCUAUGGAGGGGGCUUACAGAGGCAACUUCACAGUCAAAGACAAUGGCGAUAACACAGCUGGCGUCCUAACCCGGCGCUCCAGCUACAGCCAACUGCACAAGAGCAUCUACCUGGUUCCUGUGGUGAUCACGGACGGGGACUUCCCCAUGCAGAGCAGCACGGGGACGCUGACGGUGCGCGUGUGCACCUGCGACCGCGAGGGCAACAUGGAACUGUGCAACGCCGAGGCCCAGACCAGCUCAGCUGGACUCAGCACCGGGGCCCUGGUGGCUAUCCUGCUGUGUGUCAUCAUCCUCCUCAUGAUCAUAGUGCUGUUUGCUGCUCUGAAGAGGCAGAAGAAGAAGGAGCCUCUGAUCAUCUCUAAAGAGGACGUGCGAGACAACGUGGUCAGCUACAAUGACGAGGGGGGCGGAGAGGAGGACACCCAGGCUUUCGACAUCGGGGCUCUGCGUAACCCCGAGGCCAUCGAGGAGAGUAAGCAGAGGCGGGACAUCAUCCCUUCGGGCACUCUGUACCCCCCUAUCAGACGGACAGCCAUCCCGUCGCGGGACAACGCAGACGUCCGGGACUUCAUAAACCAGCGGGUGCAGGAUAACGAUAGUAACCCCACUGCCCCCCCUUAUGACUCUCUGGCCACAUAUGCCUAUGAGGGAACCGGCUCAGUGGCUGAGUCUCUGAGCUCCUUGGGGUCAGCAUCCUCUGAAGGGGACCAGGACUACAACUAUCUCAGUGACUGGGGGCCCCGCUUUAGGAAACUGGCUGACAUGUACGGGGCUGAGGACAGCGACCGUGAAUCCUAACACACCACCUGAACUGUUUCUGGGUGGGAGCUAGGAGGAUGACCUAUGAACUAUGACUGACUGUAAUCUGUCUUCUCAGAAAAGAGGAUAAAUGUUGCAGCCCAAGUUUUUUACAAAGUGCCCUUUUAUUCCUUCCAACUCAGUAGGCCAUAGUCCUUUCUGAUGGCCAGACCAGACAGAGACUGUGCAGCUGUGUGGAUUUUUUUUACUGCAAGGCCGACCUUUGAAGAGAGGAUGAACUUUAGUCCCUCAGUUGAAGUUAAGAGCCGGAGUUCAGUGUCAAAAAAAACUAUAAAAAGAUACAUUUAUUUUUCAUUUCUGUUUACGUCUGUCUCUCUAUGCUGCAUUGGAAGGAAAUACAACACUGAUUACACAUUUCUCUGAAUACUUCUGUGUAUUCUUAAGUGAUAUCUCCUUUAGUUCCUCUGUACUGUUACUGAAGUGCAGUAUGUUGUACUUGGUAUAUUUGUGUGUUUUAGUGAAAUGGAACUUUGCUUUUCCAGGAACAAGGAACUGGAAUUGAACAUAUCUUAAGAUAUUCUUCAUACCUUUUUUUGAAAAGUCCAAAUUCUUAAAAAGGAAGGAAAGCCCAGCACCAAAAUAAAACAUUGCUUCAUGAAUGUUUACGGAACUGAAGAAUGGACAGCCACUCUGUACAUAUGCUCUAUUCCUCUAUCAAGCCUUCUGUUACACAGACAGUUCACUAUCUUAGAGCAACUCUCUGAAGACGUGAUUUGACACAAGAACUGUAUGUAUCUAUCUCUGUACAUGAUGAUAACUGAAGAAAUGGAGGGAAAUGAGGAACGAUGCACCAAGAUUUACAGUGAAUUUCAGCAACAUCUGACAACAUUAGCAUAAUCCAUCAUCAGUCAAUCAUCAUCAAUCAAUCAUUGUCAUAUUAGACGCGAUUGUUCCAACAAUAUACACACACAUGUGGCUUACUUACAUCAAGUUAGCACAAAAAAGCCUUCAAGGUGAAUGAACAUGUCAUUCAUAUUAUCUUACAUAACAGUACUUACCAAGGAAAACAAUCAUUCUUAAACACAAUAUCCAAGUCAUGCAUUUGAUUAGCUAAAACAACAUGUAGAUUCAGCAUUGGAUUGGAAGUGCUGUCACAAAGUACAGGGAGUUUUAUCUGUAGGUGGGGAAAGAUUACUUCAUGUUAUUAUUAAAUAUGGAUCUUAAAAAGCCAUUGAAAAGGUCAUUUUGAAGCAACUGCAGAGAAGGAUGUUGCAGUGAAGAACAGAUAGUCUACCUUUCUGUGUUCAUAAUACAGUUCAUACCUACAGAGAGAAAGCAUUUACAUUAAGAAUGAACUAACACCUUUGAAAUGAACCAAAACUACAAAAAGCAUCUGAAGUAAAUAUAUUUCAUUUAGCCAUAAUGUGUUGGCUAAUUGUUCUGUUCUCUCUGUGCCAAUAUUGGAUGGUAAUGCUUUUCACUCUGAACUCAUCACACUAAAUAGCUAAGCGAACAUAAGCAGUCACUCCAAAACAACUUAAACAUUAAAGAAGCAAAGACGGGAUCCAAAGGAUCAAUUACAGCUGAUCUGUGCUUCAACAUUAAAAGUUUGGCGGAUAAUGAUGUGUUUUGUUUGGGCUACAUCAUUCUGAUUUGACAUCAGGACUUUUGUCAGUAAAAUUGUUUGACUAAAUAAUGGUAAAUACUGUGGUUGAAACAGUGCUUUGUUGCAGUGAUUUGGGAGCGUAGCGGAUGUUCAUGAUGUAUUACUUUGCUUUUUAUAUUGUGAUUUAAAAAAUAUAUAUAUAUUUAUAGGACACAUGCUGAAUUAAUGUUCUUGAAACACAAGCGUCCAGCCAAUAUCACUGUUUUUGAUGUCUUUUGGAGGUGUACAAUUGUAUGUUGAUACUACGGCUACAGUACAUGUUAUAUUAUGAUGUAUUACCAAUUGUCCAAUUUUAUCAUAAUAAACUUUUCCAGUAAACUACAAAAUAAA